UUGGGUUUCACUUCGAGAGCAAUUGCGGGAUUGGGGUCAAUCAGUAAGGGGUACCGGUAGGGAGGCAACAAGAUAAAAAACAGCCAGGCUCCUUCUCCCUGGAGAUGUGUUGCCUGUCAACCUCAAUCCAUUCCCUUAAUCCUUUUCUGCCUCCCCACCCCCACAACUCCUCACGUUGACCAGUGUCCUGGGCCUUUAAGAGUUAGAUCGGCUGGACUGAGGAAAGCGCUCCCACCUCUCCUCAGCUUACUCCUUCUCCUUGGCUGUAACUCUGCCAGUCAGGGCAGCAAACUGCAGUUGAAGACUGCAGUCAAGGUAGAAGCAGUCAAGUGCAAAGAAGAGGAGCCGAGCUGAGCCUUCCCGUUCUCCGCGGAGAGCACUGCAGAGCUCCGGAGGCGUUGCUCGCAGACAGGAUCGCUACUAUCUUACCCGCGGACUCACCCAAAGCCCUUGGCUCCUCCUUGUUCCUUUAAGUGACUCUGGCACCAGCUGGUGGAGCAGUGGGUGAUGGCAUCUCAGAUUCAAGACCGACUGACCACUGAUCAGGACCUGCUGCUGAUGCAAGAAGGCAUGAUGAUGCGCAAGGUGAGGACCAGAUUCUGGAAGAAGCUAAGAUUCUUCAAACUUCAGAAUGAUGGCAUGACAGUCUGGCACGCACGGCAAGCCGAUGACGUCACCAAGCCCACUUUUUCAAUCUCUGAUGUGGAGACAAUACGUAAGGGCCAUGAUUCCGAGUUACUGCGCAAUCUAAUAGAAGAGUUCCCCCUGGAGCAAGGCUUCACCAUUGUCUUUCAUGGUCGCCGCCCCAACCUGGACCUAGUAGCCAGCAGUGUUGAAGAGGCCCAGAUUUGGAUGCGAGGACUCCAGCUGUUGGUGGAUCUUGUUGCCAGCAUGGACCACCAGGAGCAACUGGACCAAUGGGUGAGUGAGUGGUUCCAGCGAGGGGACAGGAACCAGGACGGCAGGAUGAGUUUCGGAGAAGCCCAGCGGCUGCUGCUUCUGAUGAACGUGGAAAUGGAUCAAGACUACGCCCUCCGUCUUUUUCAGACAGCAGAUGUGUCCCGGUCUGAUACUCUAGAAGGGGAAGAAUUUGUACAUUUCUAUAAGGCACUGACUAAGCGUACUGAGGUUGAGCAACUAUUCGAGCACUUUUCAUCAGAUGGGCAGAAGCUGACCCUGCUGGAAUUUGUGGAUUUCCUUAGAGAGGAUCAGAAAGAAAAAGAACAUGCCCCCGACCUUGCUCUGGAACUCAUUGACCGCUAUGAACCUUCAGAGAAUGGCAGAUUGCUGCACGCACUGAGCAAGGACGGCUUCCUCAGAUAUCUCUGCUCGAAGGACGGGAACAUCUUCAACCCAGACUGCCUCCCUGUCUACCAGGAUAUGACUCAGCCUCUGAACCACUACUAUAUCAACUCCUCUCACAACACCUAUCUACUGAGGGACCAGCUUUGUGGCCAGAGCAGCGUGGAAGGAUACAUUCGGGCCUUGAAGCGGGGGUGCCGCUGUGUGGAGGUGGAUGUAUGGGAUGGACCUGGAGGGGAGCCCAUUGUUUACCACGGACAUACCUUGACCUCUCGCAUCCUGUUCAAAGAUGUUGUGGCGACACUGGCACAAUAUGCCUUCCAGUUCUCAGACUACCCCCUCAUCCUGUCUCUGGAGAACCACUGCACCUGGGAUCAGCAGCAUACCUUGGCACAACAUCUGACUGAGAUCCUGGGAGAGCACCUGCUGAGUACCACCAUAGAUGGAGUGCUGAUGGAUAAGCUGCCCUCUCCAGAGCAGCUUCGAGGGAAGGUCUUGCUGAAAGGAAGGAAGUUAAGCACAAUUGAGGCGGAUAUUGAGGAUAUUGAUGAAGAGGAAGAACUGGAGGACGAUCAGGAGUCGGAGCUGGAUGCAGACCCCUACCCUGAGUUGGAUGCUCUGCUUCAGCCUGAGUCCCAGGAGUUGACCUCUGGGAACAAGCACAUUAAGAAGGUUAUGGCGUGUCCGGUGUCUUGUCUGCUUAUCUGUGGUAACGUUUUGGCCCAGACUCCUAGUUACAUUCCUGGGUCCUCUUUCUUGCCCAACCAGGAUUCUGCGACCAUCUUGUGCCCAGACCUGUCUGCUCUGGUUGUCUACUUAAGGACUGUCCCCUUCUGCAGCUUCACUCAUUCCAAAGAAAAUUAUUAUAUCUGUGAUAUUUCAUCCUUCUCUGAGAGCAAGGCCAGGCACCUUGUCAAGGAGGCAGGCAACGAGUUUGUACAGCACAAUGCCAGGCAGUUAUGCCGUGUGUACCCCAGUGCUUUGAGGACGGAUUCAUCAAACUUUCACCCCCAGGAACUCUGGAAUGCAGGCUGUCAUAUGGUGGCAAUGAAUAUGCAGACUCCAGGGAGUGCCAUGGAUAUCUGUGAUGGGUUCUUCCGCCAGAAUGGUGGCUCUGGCUACGUGCUGAAGCCAGAAUUCCUGUGUGAUAUGCAGAGUUCCUUCGAUCCUGAGAGGCCCAUUAGUCUUUAUAAGGCCAAGCUCCUCUUAGUCCAGGUCAUCAGCGGCCAACAGCUCCCCAAAGUGGACAGCACCAAAGAGAAGUCCGUGGUGGAUCCCCUGGUGAAGGUCGAGCUCUUUGGUGUCCCUGAAGACAACAGGCAGCAAGAAACCAGCUAUGUGGAGAACAACGGUUUUAAUCCAUACUGGGGGCAGACAUUCUGUUUCCGGGUCCAGGUGCCUGAACUUGCUAUACUGCGUUUUGUGGUAAAGGAUUAUAACUGGACAUCCCGGAAUAAGUUUAUUGGUCAAUACACCCUGCCCUGGACCUGCGUGAAACAAGGUUACCGACACAUAUCCUUGCUCUCCAGGGAUGGCACGAGCCUCCACCCAGCUUCCAUCUUUGUGUAUACCUGCAUGCGGGAAGACUUGGAGGAGGAGGAGGAAUCCUGAGAAACACAAGGAGGGACUCAAAGCAGAAAAAUCUACAGAAGCAUUAUCCCCUCCAACCUACAAGUCUCUCAAAAUCCAGAGCCAACAAACGGAUCAAUCAAGGAUCAAGGCUCCCAAAGGUUGGGGAAGGAUGCCUGAC